GUGCGCGUGUGUGGGGUGAAAGAUGGGGUAAGCGGUUAGUGCGCUGUUCCUAUCAAUUUUUAAAGUUUUACUGAAGAGAAGCCGUUAACCAAAGGGUAUAUUUUAUUAAAAAAAUACAUAUUUAAGGAUUAAAAAGUUUAAAAUAUUCGGUUUCUUGACGUGACCUGUCAAAAGUACAGAGUAGGGAAAGUUCCCGUUAAGCUAGCCUCCGUAGUGACACACCACAAGAAUGAAAAGCAGUUCAUUGACGUUAGCAACUCAGAAGCACGGGCACCUAGGUGACUGGACCGAUGAGAUGAUACUAAAACACAACAGGAGUCCUCUUCUGCUCACCGUUACCUGCAUGUACUUCUCAGGAGGUUUGCUUUGGUCCUACCAAGAAGAGGAUGCCAGUGACGGUGAAGAGUGCUCUGAAAAUAACAUUUCUACAACAAAGUACCCCUGUGUGAAGUCGACUGGAGAAGUUACAACGUGUUACAGAAAGAAAUGUUGCAAGGGCUUCAAGUUUGUGUUGGGCCAGUGCAUUCCUGAAGACUAUGAUGUGUGUGCUGGCGCCCCCUGUGAGCAACAGUGUACUGACCAUUUUGGUCGAGUGGUGUGCACCUGUUACCCCGGCUACCGCUACAACCGUGAGCGCCACAGAAACCGAGAGAAACCCUACUGCCUGGACAUCGACGAAUGUGCAGACAAAAACAUGACUGCAUGCUCUCAGAUCUGCCUCAAUUCUGCAGGGAGCUACAGGUGUGAGUGUGAGAAAGGCUAUUUCCUGGAAGAAGAUGGCAAAACAUGCACCAAGGGGGAGAGAGCAGUGCAUCUCUUUGAGAAGUCUGACAAUGUGAUGAAUGCUGGAACUUGCUCAGCCACAUGUGACGAUUUCCUCCAGAUCAAAAUGUCUGUCCUUCAGCUUAAACAGAAGAUGGCCAUGCUGUCAAACAGUGCUGACGUCCCUGAGCAGAUGACCAGUGAGAAAAUCCUGACUUCACCCAUAUUUUUACCAGGGCCUCCCGGUCUCCCUGGUCCUCCAGGACCAGAUGGCCCUCCAGGACUUCCAGGACUGUUGGGGUCCCCUGGGCCUCCUGGUCCAAGGGGCUUGAUGGGACCCAUUGGACCCACACCAGACCUGUCCCACAUCAAACGGGGCCCCCGAGGACCCAUGGGGGCUCCAGGAGCACCAGGAAAAGAUGGCCUAAAGGGGGAUAGAGGAGCUCCUGGGCCUGUCGGACCACCAGGCCCACCAGGCUCCUUUGAUUUCCUGCUUCUGCUGAUGGCAGAUAUCCGUAACGACAUCGCUGACCUGCAGAGUAAGGUGUACGGUCGGCCAAUGCAUUCUCCAGGGGAGGACUUUCCUGCAGUCCCUGACAGCUGGCGGGACAACCAGGACAAUCUGGACACAGGCUCAGGUGAGGACUACAAGGAACCAACAUCUCGAACAGGCGGAGGGUCCAAAAGGAACAGGAAGAGGAAACCAGCUCGAGAGAGAACAGACUUUGACUGGACUAUUUAAAGAGGAUGGGUUUAAAUACUUAAUGUCAGGUGUAAAUAUUGAAGUGGGUUGAUAUUUUUAUUUAACUGUUUUUAAACAGAAUGUACUGUAUGCCUUUUCAUCACAGAUGUUUAUUUGUGUAUAUGAGAUUUUGUGUGAAUAUUUUUUUAACAAAAUGAGUAGACUGUGCAAAUGCAUGUUUUUUUUAUUUUAUAUUUUCAGAAACAUAUGGUUCCCUCACAGCACAUUAAACAAGUCUCUCAUGAAAGCAGUUUCUACCUCAUUACUUUAUGACAGUUUAUUAUUCUGUUUCACACGAAUUGUAUAAGAAAGUGAGCCACCCAAUACCUAAAUGAUGAGUCCAUUGACAUAAUCAUGCAUAAAUUCACAAGAGGGAUUAAAAUGGCACGAAUGUUGGACUGGGGCGUUAAGAAUUUGUACUGUGACUUUAAUGCCGUUAGUCCUCACUGUAGUUUUCAGUUGCCAUGGCAGCAAAGUGAUUAGAAGAAGAUGGAAAUAAAUACUUGCAUUGCUGUCUGAUAUUUAUUUUUUCAAAGUUUUGAAUACUGAUGUGGUCAUAUCCAUCGAUAAGCAGCAGUAGUUUGUAGAACUGCAACUAAUGAUUAUUUUUAUUAUCAAUUAGUAUGCAGAAUAUUUUUUCAAUUAGUUAAUCAGUUUUGGUGAAAUGUAUUGUUUAGUCUGAAGAUAGAUGACAAAGAGAUGCAGCAAAUAAAUCAAAACCUGAAAACA